AUGGCUGAACAAGUGAAGAGGUUGUCAAAGAGCUCCAAACAAGGUGUACAAGAAUUUAAGAAUGAGGUUGCAUUGGUAGCCAAACUUCAGCACAGAAAUCUUGUCAGGCUUCUGGGAUUUUGUUUGGAAGGAGAAGAAGCCAUACUUGUCUAUGAAUAUGUGCCAAACACAAAAUCCAAAAAACGAGAACAGCUAGAUUGGUCGAGCCGUUGCAUGAUAACAGGAGGAAUCGCUCGAGAAAUUCUAUAUCGUCAUGAAGAUUCAAGGCUUAGAGUUAUACAUCGUGACUUGAAAGCGAGCAAUAUCUUGUUAGAUGGCAAGAUGAAUCCAAAAAUAUCAGAUUUUGGCAUGGCGGGAAUGUUUGGAGUUGAAGAUCAAACUCAAGGAAACACCAAAAGAAUUGUUGGCACCUAUAAGUUCCUUCAUCUAUCUAAUUAA